GGGAGGCGGCUGCUGCUGCUGGGCAGAGAGGAGUCGUGCAGGAGCAGCGGCUGCACUCGGACGCCACAUUCGCUCUUUAUGGGGCUGGUGGUGAGGAUGAGCGAGAGCUGACCCUGCCGCGCCGCCGCCUGUGCUGUGAAGUGUCUGCUCCUCCUCCUCCUUCUCUUCUCCUCCUCCCCGCCGUGGGUGAACCUGCGCUACGGGCUCUUCACCGACACGGGGGAGGUUGGUUUGUUUGUGCAUUUGUUAAAGGCAAAGAGAGAGAAAGAGAGAUCUUCCACCCGCUGAAGCACAGUUCACUAUGAUCGUACUCGCAUCCAGCACUGGAAGCCGGUUGGAUUUCGUGUCUCAGUCCAGGGUGUUUUUCUUGCAAACCUUCAUUUGGAUUUUAUGUGCUACAGUGUGCAAAGCGGAGCAGUAUUUCAAUGUGGAGGUAUGGUUACAAAAGUAUGGCUACCUUCCACCAACUGACCCCCGAAUGUCGGUGUUGCGCUCUGCAGAAACCAUGCAAUCAGCUAUAGCUGCCAUGCAGCAGUUCUAUGGCAUUAAUAUGACAGGAAAAGUGGACAGGAACACAAUUGACUGGAUGAAGAAACCUCGAUGUGGUGUGCCUGACCAAACGAGAGGUAGCUCCAAAUUUAACGUUCGUCGGAAACGCUACGCGUUAACGGGACAGAAAUGGCAACACAAACAUAUCACUUACAGCAUAAAGAACGUCACUCCAAAAGUAGGUGAUGCUGAAACCCGUAAAGCCAUUCGCCGUGCCUUCGAUGUGUGGCAGAAUGUAACUCCUCUAACAUUUGAAGAAGUUCCUUAUAUUGAAUUAGAAAACGGCAAGAGAGAUGUGGAUAUUACUAUCAUUUUUGCAUCAGGUUUUCAUGGAGACAGUUCUCCCUUUGAUGGGGAGGGAGGAUUUUUAGCUCAUGCAUAUUUUCCUGGCCCAGGAAUUGGGGGAGACACUCAUUUUGACUCAGAUGAGCCAUGGACUUUGGGAAAUCCCAAUCAUGAUGGAAACGAUCUCUUUCUAGUUGCGGUGCAUGAACUCGGACAUGCUCUGGGCUUGGAGCACUCUAAUGACCCCACUGCAAUCAUGGCUCCAUUUUACCAAUAUAUGGAAACUGACAACUUCAAACUACCUAAUGACGAUUUACAGGGCAUCCAGAAGAUAUAUGGUCCACCUGACAGGAUACCACCACCAACCAGACCUCUGCCAACAGUGCCCCCACAUCGUUCAGUCCCUCCAGCAGACCCACGAAAGAAUGACAGGCAACCUAAACCUCCCCGGCCACCCACUGGUGACAAACCUUCCUAUCCCGGAGCCAAGCCUAACAUCUGUGAUGGGAACUUCAACACUCUGGCUAUUCUUCGCAGGGAAAUGUUUGUUUUUAAGGAUCAGUGGUUUUGGCGAGUCAGAAACAACAGAGUGAUGGAUGGAUACCCCAUGCAGAUUACCUACUUCUGGAGGGGACUGCCUCCCAGCAUUGAUGCAGUUUAUGAAAACAGUGAGGGGAAUUUUGUCUUCUUUAAAGGUAACAAGUUCUGGGUUUUCAAGGACACUACUCUCCAGCCAGGUUAUCCUCAUGAUUUGAUAACACUUGGAAGUGGAAUUCCUUCCCAUGGCAUUGAUUCUGCAAUUUGGUGGGAAGAUGUUGGAAAAACCUACUUCUUCAAAGGAGAUAGGUACUGGAGGUACAGUGAAGAAAUGAGAUCCAUGGACCCUGGUUAUCCCAAACCAAUCACAAUUUGGAAAGGUAUCCCAGAAUCUCCUCAGGGAGCCUUUGUCCACAAAGAAAAUGGCUUCACAUAUUUCUACAAAGGAAAAGAGUACUGGAAAUUCAAUAACCAGAUGCUCAAGGUGGAACCUGGCUAUCCCAGAUCCAUCCUCAAGGAUUUUAUGGGUUGUGAUGGACCAACAGAUCGAGAUAAAGACCGACACAGCCCUCAAGAUGAUGUUGACAUUGUCAUCAAACUGGACAACACAGCCAGCACUGUGAAAGCCAUAGCCAUCGUCAUUCCCUGCAUCCUGGCCUUGUGCCUCCUUGUCUUGGUUUACACUGUGUUCCAGUUCAAAAGGAAAGGAACACCCCGCCACAUACUGUACUGCAAACGCUCUAUGCAAGAGUGGGUGUGAUGUAGGGUUUUGGUUUUUUUUCUUUCCCUCCCAGGAGUUUGUGGUAACUUGAGAUUCAACACAAGAGCUGUUAUGCAGUUUCCUAGCUAGGAGCGGGCAUCUGUCAGUCUGAAACAAAGCUGAUCUUUAAAACCCAGGGGUUGCCUGUCCUGCACAUGAGUGGCGAUUCGCUCAGCUGGGAAGCUUCCAUGAUACACAGUAUCUGCUGUUUCUUCAGUCCUUUGUCUUUCUUUGUCAUUCAAUUCUAGGCCUUCCCUCUGCACGCUCAAUGCCCUAUAAACUAUCAGGAUUAACUAACGAAGAGGAAUAAAAAUAUCUCCAAUGUUUCUACAUUUUUCCCUUAAGGCCUGUUCCCCUUCGAAAAAUUUUUUGCUGAAAGUAAAUUUUUUUAGAGAAACACAACAACCAACAAUGGAACUUUCAGGAAAGUGAGAAGACCCAAAACAGCUUUGUCUCCAAAGAGGAUUGCUUUCUGUCUGCUACGGAUAAAGUCCUAUACUCCUACUUCCAGUUUUGUCAGGUGGGAGACUCGGAUGACACGCAGGACUUCAGACUGUUCGGACAGCCAUUUUCCAACAAACAAGGGGCCAAAAUAUCUGCAAUAUAGUAACAGCCUUAAUACAUUCAUUUUGUGGUUUUUACAGCUGCUCUGGGCUAUGUCCUCAAUGUUUUAAACUCAUAUUCAAUACUAUAUUCAAGCAGAACCUUUUUAUUGGUUUGUUUGAUUUCUGGUUGAUUUUCCUACAUUAUCUUUCCCAAGCUGUACCAAGCCAACUACCCCAGGCCUUUUAUAGGUCUGUCAGGAGCACUCAUUCCAAAGAAUGGUAAAAAAGCAGUGUGUCACUGAAGUGGAUUUCAAUGAACUAAAACAACAGACGUGCUAUUGAGAAACUUGACACUGGUAUUAUAUUGGUGGUGUAACCCUUUGAGAACUACUGCACCCAGUUUUCAGAGUCUGGUGGAUGUUAAUCUUGGUCAUCAUUAAAUUACAGAAUUGUGUUUGGGUAAUACAAGUUUCAAAAGAAAAUCAGUUUUCCGAAACAGAUUUCUUGUGACUGCGUUUUUAAUUAUUUGCAUUAUUAAUAGAAAAGCAUUUGUAACAUGAGUAGAAAACAAAAUCUAUUUACCAGCUACUUUCUCGUUAAAGGAACCAAACAUGUUUUAAUAAUUUCUACCACUUACCAAGAAUUUUUUUGAGCUGACAACAAUUUUAUAGCUUAGCCUCUUAUCUUAAGCAUCUUGGAUUUCUCUCUUGAGACUAUGUUGCAUGACAAUUUGAUUUGCCUCUGCAGAGGUAGAGUCACAGUUUCAAAGGGAAGCCAAGAAGAUGACUCUGAUAGUGCAUGAGUAUCCUCUCGUGUGUUACCCCUUUGCAUGUUCAUCAUAGUUCUCAAAGGGUUAAAAUUUCUGGCCUUCAGUCAAACUUGGUAUCAACUGACAGAGCCAAGGGACCACCAAAACAUUUUGUCAUUCUGUGUAAUUUGUGCUAACAGCAGUAUUGUCAUUUUCAUGUGACCUGCAGAGCAGGUUUGUAUCAAUAAUUUUUUCCUAGAGAAAAGUCAGCAACUGACAGACCUCUUUAUUGAUUUUAGGAGCUGCUUCUUGCAGUGAUAGGCUUUACAGUCACUGGGCUGUGAACUUAUUAAAGAUGGUCAGAAUGAUGCACCCCAAAAGUCAGACACCUGGUUUUUUAUGAAAGCCAGGUUUUGAGGGGAGUAGCUUUUGCAACAAUGAACAGCUUGCCUUGAACUUGAUUAUUGACCUGUUGACUGUCAUUACCAAGUUAAACAUUGUCUUCUGUGAACAGCUUCACUGUCUGAAUUUCCUUAAAGUGUACUGUCCUAUGUCUUUGACCUUUAACUUGCAAACUGGCACAAACUGAAGGGAAUCUGGUGUUGCAAAUGAAAUGAGUUUUAUUUCUUGAAAGGCCUGAUAGACAUGAUCCAAAAUCUGAGAAAAAAAAAUUGAAGUGUUUUAGUAGGAGAGAAAUGACAUAGACUAAAAUAUUUAUAAUAGGUCUGUAGAAAGGUAUUUUGCUAUGUAUACAUGCACACUCUAAAAAUGAAUUACAGCAGAAGUUAACUUUUAUUUAACUUGAAUACAGUUUUCAGUAUAAAAUUAUUAUUUCUACAAAUAUCUAGUUAUUAAUGAAAAUGAUAUAGGAAAGUAUUAAAAUACUUGAAAUGGCCAGUAUGGGCUUUUACAUAAAAUGAGACUUUUAUACUACGUUCAACCAAUUUCUUACUGGUUUCUUAAUCUACAUAACUGGAUCACUUUUUAGAGAGUGUAGGUAUAUAUACAUAUAUAUUAUGAUUAUUAUUGUUUUGGUAAUGGAUAGCUUGACUGCCUUGAAUUUAUAUUUAUAUUGAGCAUAGCAUGAAAAUAGUAUGCCUUUUUUUCAAUUACAUGAUUUUGUAUUGAUUUGAGGACUUAUGAACAUAUGUGGCAUGCUAGAAAGCAUUGCAAACUUAUUUCUUAGAGCAUAAACAGAUAUACAUAUGUAUGGUUAACAAAAAUGAAGAUUAGAAAAAGAUAUAGUUUUCAACAAAUAUGCAAUGCAGAUGGCAUUUUGGAGAUGUUUUGUAGAAGUACUGCGUACUGUAGGUUAGAAGCGCACCAGUAUCAGCCCAUAGCAUUGUUUAGUAAAUCCAAGUCAGUUGUUGCUGAAAAUAUAUAGAUUUGUUGACAAUUUAGUUGCACAGGAUUUUUGCUGCAGAUCAGCUCAUUUGGUGAAUUUGAAAUUCUAUGCUGUUUGUAAUAUGUAUUAAGAUGUGUGUGUUUGUAUACUUAUAAAAGUACACAAACACACACAUGCACAGACAUGCACAUUUUAAUCCAUUGAGAAAUUUUUAUUGUCAACAAACUACUAUAACUUAUGUUCUGCUAUAGACAGAACAAAAUGAUUGAUUUUGCUAUUCCAAUUUUUUCCCUUGGAUAGUUGGAGGAAAAUACUAAAAGAACUACUUAUUUUGUAUUUGCUUUUCCUCUACAAUAGGAAAAUUUAUUUUAUAUAUUUUUUAAGUCAGAACAGCAUCUCAUCAGUUUUUUUUAUUCGCUUGAAAAUUUCAUUUCAAUUUUGAAAUAUCUUUCAUGGCAGCUUUAAUUUUUUUCUGCAACCGUUUCCCUGACAGUAAUGAAGUGCUGAGCAUGUUGACUGUUGUUCUUUGAUAAGGUAACAAAAAUAUUUGUGUUUGGAGAAUUUAACUGUAAUUAUGCAGGAAGGUAAGUGUGAUAAUUCUAGUGCUUGGUAUAUGGUACAUUGUAGUUACAUGAAUACAUGAUAAGUUGAUCGUUGAAUCUAAUUUCUUUUACUUAAAAAUGCAUAUAUGCUAUAUACAGAGAAAGGGAGAAAAAAAUUAUAUUGGCAUGUUUAUGUCAUGCAAAGCAAGAUUGUGUCAACAUUUCUGUUGCAUACUCAUGUUUUCAGUAGGUUGUAACGCAGUCAUAAAGGUUUGCUUUAAGUAAAAGAUGUAGCAGCAUUUGUGUUCACUGUAAUUUCCAAAUACAUACUGGCUAGUUUCAAAUUAGAGAAUUUCAGAGUAAAUUAGUGAUGUUGCCUGAUCUAAUUUUGAACUUAAAUUCGUAAAAGUUCUAAGACAAUUUUAUUUUUUUGAAUAGUUGUUUCUCUACAAGGGCCUAUGAUUAUCAGAAUUAAGAAAAAGUAAAUUGAAAACAUUUUCGGUUAUGCAAUCUGGGUUCCUGCUCAUGUGCCGCAACUUUUUUAAUAAACAUUUCCAUAUUGCUA